AGGGAAUCAUCAUCCAAGGACCUCCCAGAGACCACAAGAAAACAUGGGGAGAAUUUUCCUCACAGGAGAAAAAGCCAAUUUAGUAUUAAAACGCUACCGAAGAGCUAAUGUACUUUUUGAAGAGAUAAGGCAGGGCAAUAUUGAACGUGAAUGCAAAGAAGAAGUCUGCACAUUUGAAGAAGCAAGAGAAGCUUUUGAAAAUAAUGAAAAAACUAAGGAGUUUUGGAACACUUACACAAAAGCACAACAAGGAGAGAGUAACAGAGGAAGUGACUGGUUUCAAUUUUACCUUACCUUUCCAUUAAUCUUUGGCCUCUUCAUUAUCCUCCUUGUCAUUUUCCUAAUCUGGAGAUGCUUCCUAAGAAACAAAACUCGCAGACAGACGGUGACUGAAGGCCAUAUUCCUUUCCCUCAGCACCUCAAUAUUAUCACUCCGCCUCCACCACCAGAUGAAGUCUUUGAUAGCAGCGGACUGUCGCCAGGCUUUUUGGAAUAUGUAGUUGGGCGCUCAGAUUCCGUCUCCACUCGCCUGUCCAACUGCGAUCCCCCACCGACCUACGAGGAAGCCACUGGUCAGGUGAACCUGCGGAGGAGUGAAACAGAACCUCAUUUAGAUCCACCCCCAGAGUAUGAGGACAUCAUCAACUCCAACUCAGCCAGUGCCAUUGCUAUGGUGCCUGUGGUCACCACCAUCAAAUGAAACUGCACACUUCUUUUUAUUAUAAUCAUUUUUAAAAUACUAAUGAAAGAACUUUCUAGCACUUUACCACUACAUAAAUGUGCAUUUGACUUAUUGGAUUCUGACAGCAUACCACUUCACAUCCUCUGAUUUGAUUUUCAUUAGUUUUGUUUCCUACUAUAAAUUCAUUAUCCAUGCUCAUUUUUGCUAAUGGAAAUAUGUUAAGAGGGAAAAAUACUAGUGGAGGUCUUCAUGUGAGGAGAUGUACAUGUGUGUAUGCAUAUACGUUUAUGUAUAUAUGUACAUGCACAUAUAUGUGUUUGUACAUCAGCCCAGUGUAUGGGCAACUGUCUUAAAAAGUCACUAACAUCUAUCUAAAUCACCUGUAAAGUUAGAACAUUACUCACCAAAACCGGGGUGGGGGAGAAGGCACCAACGAGUUGUGUAACAGGUAGCGACAUGCUGUUGAAUUUUGAAAAUAAGAUGAACUUCGCAUGUUUUCUAAUUCUUACAGGCUUUUGUUAACCUUCUUCAACUACCUUAAAAGGAAAAAAAAAAAUGUAUGCAGUCAGUCUUGACUUUAGGAACGUCUCAGAAGGUGACAGAGAAGGAAGGCACAAUAAACAACACCUUGCUUAUUUCAGUGGACAGCAAGAAAAUCAUGGGUCCUUAGUGGCAUUUGGCUGGUUUCCUAGGAGGGAUUUUUGUUGCUGUUAUUGACUGCCUCCCCCACAAAAAUUAAACAGUAUUUGCUCAGUAUCUUUGCAUGUCUCAUGCUAUUUGUGCUAACAUCUUGAUGGAGUGGAUUUCCUGGCAAAAGAAUAAUUUCUCAAGUAGAUACAUGUAUUAAUGACAGGGAACACAUGCAGAUUUCCCCUUUGCCCAUUGGCGACAGUAUUUUUUUCUCGUUGUUUCUUUGCCCUUUACUCUACUCCUUCUCCUACCACCACAGAAUCUUCAAGCACCUAAGAAUUUAGUUAAAAUUCCUGAAAUUAUUUUCUUAAU